UGCUGUGGAAAAGGUCUAUAAAGCUAUUUUUUAACAUAAAUAGAAGCAGUACAAUGUGCAUAUGAUCAAAACAUUAAUUUCUGUCUGAAAUAAGCAGCUGUUUUACCAUCCUGUCAUGAAGCUCUUGCCUUUAGCUCAUGUAAUUAGCAUACCCACCCCCCUCACAGGCGUGCGCGCGAGACUCCACGCGUGCCCGCAUGCAUGCACGCACGCACGCACGCGAGCUCGUGCCUCCAGCUCUCCUGCCAGGCUCUACAGUCGCGUUGUCCCACACAGCUCGAGCACAAACGGCUGUCGAUUUCAGCACGGGACAGAUCCUGCACCCUUUCACUGCAAUAUGGCGACAGAGUUCCAUAACCUUCAGGAGCUGAGGCACAGCGCAUCGCUGGUCACAAAGGUGUUUAUACAGAGAGAUUACACCGACGGAACCGUCUGCCGCUUCCUGACCAAGUUCCCCUCAGAGCUCGACAACAGGAUUGAGCGAACAUUGCUUGAGGAGACAGUGAAGACCCUGAACUCAUACUAUGUGGAGGCAGAAAAAAUCGGAGGUCAGUCGUACUUGGAAGGAUGUCUGGCUUGUGCUACAGCUUAUAUCAUCUUCCUCUGCAUGGAGACUCGCUAUGAAAAGGUGCUGAAGAAGAUAUCAUGCUACAUCCAGGAGCAGAAUGAGAAGAUCUACGCUCCUAGAGGUCUGCUGCUCACAGACCCCAUAGAGAGAGGAAUGAGAGUUCUAGAGAUCAGUGUGUUUGAAGACCGGGGCUCGGGCAGCUCCAGUCCCAGCAGCAGCAUUUCAUCGGCAGGCAGCAGCGCUCGGUGACUGGAGGGGCAGCGCCAGGCUUACGGGUACCACCACAGGGGCAGCGGGACACUUACCAACAUCCGCAUGCUGAAACAUGAGAGCACCAGGUUCUAAGACAAGUGGAGAAAAAAAGGCGAGGAGGUGAUCCACAGCAUUCACACUCUCCCUGCUGAGGCCCACGACGUACCACCUCGGGGGAACGGGAGCUGGCUUACACAAACACUGGAUACGCAACAGAAUAAACACAAGGGCAACAGAACCCACACAGAGGCAGUAGACACAUGUAGAAGCCAAUAUCCAGAGUGUCUGUAAGGGAAGGAUCUUUCACUCCAGCAGCUACCCAAACCAAAAUAAUCAUAAUUUCUUUUGUUCCAAUUUUUCCAUUCACAUUUUCUCUCAUUCCAUCACGUCUGUUUCCAUGACUCACACCAUCCCUGUCAUAUAGUUGAUUCAGCAGGCUUAGCCUUGAUUAGACUGGACGUCAGUGCUUGAUUGUUUUCAGGGGGGUCACUGUCACUAUGUCUAUCUGCUGACGUCUACUGUAGUCUGUGCAGCAGCUCUGAAAUCUGGAAGGAGGAAAACUACCAGCCUCCAGGGAGACUUGGUGUUCUCCGAUCUCGCUGAAUGAUUGCAUUCAUGUCAGGUGGGCUAGGGUCAAGCUGCUUUGAAUGCUGGCAAAUUGGGCCUGCUGUGGGACCGCUUAGUUCUAUGCUGUGUUCACAUGCAUUUGGCUUCAGUAUCAAACAGCUAACAGAGAGCACCUUGGAUUAUUUAUCCUUCUCAUUCAUUGCAGUGGAUACUGGUGAUCCACAACACAGCUGUAGGUCACCACACUCCUACGCACGCACCCACACAUGCAUGCGUACAACCGUGCCCAAGUACUCAAACAGACACAUAUUAGUAAGAGUCAUGCACACACAUGGAUAUACACAUACGCACAAUUGUGGCUAGUUGCCAUACGUUCCUGCACACACACACAGAUUUUGGCAGAAUUAUGGCAGACAAUAUUCUCUGUGGUCUCAGCUCAUUGGGAACGCAAGCAAACCCAGGUCCUGUAAGACCGUGCUAGUUUCCCUGGUUUGUGGUGUGUUGUGGGUGUGCGUGUGUCUGUGCCAUCAGUCCCAGCUAGUGUGAGAUGAAAGCUUGCCGAUUAUUAAGCAAACGUCAAAGAACAAGGAUUAGUGCCCUGAAUGAGAACCAAACACACAUUGGACACAUUCUGUUUGAUGUUUGGCAGUACAGGUGUCGAUGGUGGUGUAGGAAAAUCAGUUCACCUCUCUACCUGAAUCUCUUUUAGUCUAUCUGAAGAUUAUUUUAAUAAAAUAUAGAUUUAAGUAUUUAAUACAGACACACACAAAACAGCAAUAAGAAAUGAAAAGUUUCUCUGCAGCCUUUCAGUUCAGUGCCAUCUGUCAGUUUUGUAUUAUAAAAAUGACAGGGGUCAGUUUAAAUGUCAUUUUGUGAGUGAAACAGUUGUAGCUCCCUCUAGGGUAAGACUGAGGAAGUCCUGACAAUAUGAUUGAAACAUCUUUUAAUGACAGGAUAUAAUUAUCUAACGCCACUUAUUCACAGAGUGCAGUGUGCAGGUACCUUAUUAAUACAAUAUCUUACAUUCACACAAGGCAAUUUAGCCCGUGGAGCAUAAAUUAUCUUUUUCUGUGGGAGAUAAUGCAUCUUGUCUGACUAACAUGCAUGUGUGUGUGAGGAGGCUGAUGAGAUAAAAGAUGAUCAUUAUGUCACAAAGAUGUUGAUGCCAGUCGACAGGACACCCACAUAAUUUCUAACAAAAGACAAGAACUCCUGAAAAAACAUAAGCCAUUUCCAUGUCUGCAUAUUUUAUUUAUGUUACCACAGUUUCUGUCUUCUUUCUUUAACCAUUUUCUGUUUUGUUUUCUUUAAACUCAACUCUUAACACGAUCUCUUCAUUAACUCUGGGAGCGUAGCCCUUUGCCUCUUUUUUAGCCACAUAGUAAGCUAUGAGCAGAGCCCCUGCCUUGCAACCAGCCUUUGUGUACCUAAACCAGAGCAGUGUCAAGUUGAAGUUAAACUACUUACUGGAAAGUCUUUUUUACAGCUGAAGACAUUUUUCUUCAGUCCAGGUAGUUUAAUUUCAACUGGACAUUUUAAUACCUAAGAUGAGCCUACAAAAACAUCCAACCACAGCAGUUGAGUUAAGUUGUGCUUGUGUUCAGCCUCCUGUGCUUUUUUGAUGCCUUCAUGUUUCAUCCCAGUGGAAUGGAUACCCAACCUGGGGCUGAUGGACUGACCAAUUUAUAAAUGACUCAACACUGCCAAUAAGCAAAUAAAGGAGCUCAUUGGACAAUGUAUAAAUGAAAAAUGAGUGUGAACUGUACAGGAGAACAACUGUACUGUACAUGCUUGUCAAUGAUUAUCCAUGCUGAGUUUUUGAAGUGUCAAGAAGUAGAUGGAAAUACCAUAAUGCUAUUUAAUUCUAAAACAUCACUGUUGCCCAGUAUUAGUAAAUCUAUGAUAAAUCACUUUAUAAUGUUUUGAUACCUUCUCUAAUUUGGGCAUCAAGUGACAGAGCAGCUAUGAAAGCAUAUCGUCUGUACAGCUGUCAGCUGCUUUGUAGUAUCUUCUGGAAAAUGAAGAUAACAUUUAGUUUUGUCCAAAAUAGUUUGAAGUGUUGAUAAUGUAGCUUAUGUUAUUGUUAAUGACAAUAACAUUGUCAGUUAUUAUAGUGGAGGUAAACGGGGGUGAUGAUGCUGAUCCUCAGGGGAAAGUGUAAAAAGUGCCAAAUUCAAAGGCUCGAGUAAAGGAUAGGUUCACAUGUUGAGCCAUGCUGGCAGCUUUAGGGGUGGAAAUGUUGCUGUGUCGGUCGGUCCACCAUGAUUAACUGUAAUGACUUUGGUGAACUUUUCAUUUAGCGCCAUCAUCAGGUCAAACUUUUAAUUUGUCCAGAACUCACCAAAACGACCAAAUCUUUACAAACUAAUGACAUUCCCAUCAGCCUCAGCUGUACUUUGGAUUUACUGCCAAUUAGUAAACGUUAAAAUGCUAAUAUGCUAAAACCAUGAUGGUGAACACAUCCUAUAAUAGUGUGUCGUCAUUGUGAGCAUGUUAGCAUUUAGCUUAAAGCACCACUGUGCCUAAGUACAGCAUCACAGAGUUGCAAGCAUGACUGCAGACUCUCUCUGUUGUUUUAAAGGUCCAGUGUGUAGGAUUUAGUGGCACCUUGUGGUGAAGUUGAAAAUUGCAACCAAAUAAAUACUCUUUCAAGCAUGUAAGAAAAACUCUGGUUGGCAAAUUCACAUAAAAAGCAA